AGCACCAGUUCUUGGAGUUGUGUGGGAUUUCUAGAAACCUGCAAGACCCAAGGCACUGAACAGAACUUUGAAAGCCUGCAGCCUCUGGAUGGGGCUUUAGCUCUAAAUGAAGAUCUAAAGAGGUUAAUGCAGGAGCAUAAAGAGCAGCAAAUCAAAAUCACACACCUACAGUGUGAGAACACGUUUUUAGAGAGCCAGAUUAAAGAUUUCCAGAUGAAAUUCUUCAAUCAACAAGUAUUUAUUGAUUUCACAAAUGAACUGAGAACAAACAUUGAAAAUCUAAUCGAAGAGAAGUACAGGAUCAUCCUAGAAAAGAAUGAGGUGGAAAAUUUGGUGAAGAGGCUGCAAGAGACUUUAUCUGACUCCCAAAAACUCCUUUGUAAAUCUAGGAGUGAAAAAGAUACUUUAAUGCUGGAGCUUGAAAAACUUAAUGCCAACUAUGGCUUCCUUCAGGAAAGGCACCAGGGGGAGGUAGAGGAAAAGCACAAAUACCAAAGUCGUUUCUUAGAGGUGGGCAACACCCUGAGCCAGAAAGAGGAGCAAAUACUGGCUCUGCAGCAGCUGAAGGAAGAAACGGAGAAGACUGCCUUUUCUGCUCUGGAGACAGCGAGGAAAGAAAAGGAGAGUGUGGAACAGAAGCUCCAGGCCGUGCAGGGGGAAUUUCAGAAGUACCAGGAAGUAAAGUUGGCAGAAAGGCAGGAGUUGAGAUCCAAUUUUAGUAAACUGAUUACUCACAUUAAAAUUUUGCAAGCUGAUUUUGAAAACGAAAAGGCUAUGAAUCAUAAGCUGCAACAGCAGCUAGCCAAAGGACAAAAUGGGCACUUAAGGCUUCAGCAACUUAGAGCGAGGAGUCGGGAGCAAAACUCUCCUGGAAAAUUGGAGGCGGCUCAGUGGGAACAACUGCUUAAUGAAGUCGCGGAGUCAGGCGUGUCAGAGGUACCAAAAGCUUUGGCUCAAAAGAGCCACUUCUGUCUUGAUGACAGUGGUAAUGCAGGUUUAUCCUCAGAUCCCAGCAGGCCUUACACAGAACAUUGCAAAGAAAGUGAGAAAGCAGCUCUGCUGGUGGAAAAAAUGAAGCGCUUAAACCUUAAAAGGAAAAGCUUGGAAGAGGAGGAAAAGAGGGAAGAGGAGGAAAAUGACCACCUCUCAGCUGCAGCACAUCGAGAGUGCAAUGUCCCACAGUCCUGGCCAGGGGAAAGGCAGGUAGGUCUGAGUGCCAAAGUGAUGCAUGAUAGUUGGGAGGAAGUGACCUUAGAAGAAGAAAAAUUCUGGAGGAGACUCCUUGUCAGUCCAUAG